AUGCAUUUGAAGAUGAGGCAGAUCUUGAUAGUCCUGACGUUUCUUGCGACAAACGCAGGUGCUCAGGAAUGUGGACGCCAAACUGGAUGCCCCAAGUCCGGUGGCCUCGAUCUGAUGCAGAUCCGCUCCAAUGUGGACAAGGAAGCCGCCGUUGACAAGGACGCGGAUUGGGAUGAAGCGGAUGCUGCUGAUGAGGAGGUGGAGUGCGAGGUCAGCAGCAUUGCAAAGGACUACUACACCAAGCCGCCGGAGCAUGAGUUCUCCUGUCACAUAGAUGGAGAGUCAGACGAAGACGACAUGGAAUUGGACGUAGAUGGUAUAGAGGACGCGCACGAGCGUUUCCAUCCCCAGACAGGCGAUCGUAUUACCCUCCGCGGCCGCCGUUUUCGUCGGCGUGGCCGGAAGAACUUCAAGGUGAGGGGCUUCAGGGUCCGACGUCGUGGAAGGGGACGAAGGGCCAGCUUCCUCCAGACGGUGGCAAGCGAGGGCGUGGAGACUCGCACUGCCGCUGUUCUCAUGGUGCGCUUCCUGGAUGCAAACGGAAACCUGGUCCCUUCGAGCAUGGACACUGUGGAAGAGCGCAAGAGCUUUUCCAUCGGUGUGAACAACUCCUUGUUCGGCACCUUCGACCAUACGAAUUCGCAGACUCAUGCAGGAGCAUGGCACGAUUGCUCAUAUGGCAAGCUCCAGAUGCAGUUUGAUGUGGACCAGGGAGAGAACGAUCUGGCGCAGGAUGUCCCAGGUGAGAAGGCUGACGUCUUCUACAUUGAUGUGCCUCUGGUUUGUGAUACAAGUGUGGAUCCUUACUGCCCAGGUACCUACGACUCUGUCAACAACUGUGGAAGCGCUGAAUUCUAUGGCUGGCCCAGGUACGCAUUCAAGAAGUUUGCAGACACCAAGCCAGGACUUUCCAAGUCCACAUGGCAGCACUGGGUCGUCAUUUUCCCCAGGGAUGUUGUGAAGUGCAGCUUUGUGGGUAUGGGCAACGUGGGAUGCUCCCGAACGAAUUGUUAUUCUUGGAUUCCUCAUGAUUACUCCACCAAAAUCCAAGACUACACACACGAGCUUGGACACAAUCUUGGACUAGCGCACGCUGGCAUCAAUGGAGGCUCGGAAUAUGGGGAUCACAGCUGUGCUAUGGGUUUCUGCUGCACCGUGCGGUGCUACAAUGCCCCACAUUCUUAUGAGCUGGGAUGGCUAACGCCAUCGCUCGAACUUAACAAGGACAACUUCCCCAGCCAGCUUUCGAGUGUUCCGUUGCGUUCCAUGUCGCUUCACAGUGACGGAGCAAUUGCCAUCACUGCAGACUGGGUGUCACCGGUCAAUGUGUAUUGGGUACAGCUGAAGACUGCACACUCCUACGAUACCUACAUGAGGUCAAGUUGGCGCAACAACGUGCAGAUCAAGAGGUGGAACAAGGGUGGGUACGAGAUCAGCCAGCACUUGUCAACCUUGACUGCUGGCCAAAGCUGGACGUCAGACGAUGGGGAGGUCAUGGUCACCGUGGAGAGCAUCGAUACCAGCAGCACCAUGACC